GAUCACGUGAUACACGAAAUUAAACUUCCGUAAUGAACGAGUCAAUAACACCACCGCAGAAAUCAAGCUGAAUAAAAGAUGGAUGAACCUGCUAAAAAACUUCGCCAGGCCCUUGAGAAGUUCAUCACUCAUGUGGACGACUUGAUAGAAGAGGAAGAUCCCGCGGGAAACGGGUUUAACCGAGAGUACAGGGAACUGAGAGAGCUUGCUGCUCAUCACAAAGAACAGGACACAUUUCCUGCCAACUGGGGAAAACAGCCCUACAACACAAAGAAGAAUCGCUACAGAGAUAUUGUACCAUUUGAUGACAGUCGAGUUAUCCUUGAAGAAAUUGAAGGAGAGGAAGGUUCAGAUUACAUAAAUGCCAGCUACAUACUGAACAUCCACAAUAAUGACGCUUAUAUAGCAUCCCAGGGGCCCCUCCCCACCACGGUGGAUGAUUUUUGGAGGAUGAUUUGGGAGCAGAAGGUCCGAGUCAUAUUAAUGGCCUGUAAAGAAGUGGAAAUGGGCAAGAAAAAAUGUGCGAAGUAUUGGCCAUCCAGUAAGGAGGAGGAUGAACAAUAUGGAACCAUUAAUGUACAUUUGCAAGAGGAGUUUUGGUUGGCAGAUGACUGUGUGGAGAGAACGUUAGAGGUGAAGCGUGGUGGUCAGUCUGACCGUCGCAUUGUCACUCAGUUCCAGUACACUGGCUGGCCAGACCAUGGAAUUCCAGAUGAUAUUGAUGUCAUCCUGACCAUGAUCGCCAAAAUGAGAGAAAUCCGUUCCCAUGACAAAAACUUUGCACCUGUUGUUGUACAUUGCAGUGCGGGAUGUGGGAGAACGGGAACUAUCUGUGCUGUAGAUUACGCGUGGGAUGUUCUAAAAUGUGGGAGGUUAGACUGUGAUUUUGAUUUGAAUGAAAUUGUGAAGAAAAUGAGAGAGCAGAGGCAAUCCAUGAUCCAGACACCAGACCAGUAUGAGAUGGCCCACCGCUGUGUCAGGGAACUAUUUCAGCAGCACAUUGAGGCACUGGAUGGCAAUAUUUACGCCAACUUUGAACCACAGCCUGGACACGAUGAGUAUUAUAAUGUGGAGCUAGAUGGCCACACAGAUCCGAAUAGGGAGGUGGACCCUUAUGAAAUGGUUGGAAUGAACCAGAAUCAAGCUGCCUUUACAGUCAGUGAGUCACCCAGACCAUCAAACGUAGUAUCCAUUUUAGAAAGGGACGCCUUACAGACAGUAGACAUGUACUCAACACCAGAAGCUUUUGAAGAGGCACUGCAGGACCUAAAGAAAGCUGCAGAGUCUGCACCUCGGAGGACCUCCUAUCCAAAACCAGAACUUAAACCCAAACCAGUGUUUAUACCAGAAUCAAAAGAAGGGGUCACCCCAACUGGGUAUGAAAACAUUUGUGAUGAUGGAAAAUAUGAAAACAUGAACAAAUCAGACCAUCUUACAUUCCACCAUGAAGAAAAAAGUCCCAAAAUUCCUAGAAAAGACAAACCAGUUCUAAUUCCUAAACCGGAAGAACCUUUAAAGACUGUUGGUUCAGGUCCCGUUUUUGUAGAUUCUAGGAAAUCUGGACCUCAAUUUGCUAAUAAUAAACCAUCUGGCCCAGUAUUUCACCAGUCCCUUACCUCCAAAACAGGCCCUCAGUUUGAGGUGUCUUCCAACAAUGGUAAUUCUUUUCCACCACCAGUUAGUUCUAGGGCAGUUCCCCAGUUUGAAUCCCCCGCCAACAGAAAAUCUGAUCAUCAAGAAUCCAAUCAUGCUAAAUCAGGGCCUCAAAUUUCACAGCAGCCCAUGGGGCCAGUGUUUGAUAGUUCUGAUCCCAGCAAACCUAAAGUCACUCACAGACAAACAAGCUCAGGACCCAAAAACAAGACUGUGAUAACAGUUAGCAGUAAUCCCAGAAUUUCUUACGUUAAUAAUGAAAUAAUGGAAGGAAAAACCAAAAGUGCUGUUAAUCCUUCACGAAACUCAAAUGGCUUACCACUAGCAAAUGAUGAAUUAUAUGAUAAAGCCAAACCUGUCCCUGAUAGUCCCACAAGGAGUUCUCAAGAACCUGCUGUAUAUUCUCAAGUCAACAAAACAGACACAUUUUCUAGAAGUUUUGGACCAACUAUGAAUCGUUUUGAAAGUACGUAUGAGACAAUCACAGGCGAGAGUUACUCGAAAAGAAGCAGCGACUCUAAGAUCGGGGCAUCGAUGAAAAGUAAUAUUUAUUCAGAGGUAGACCCUAGAAGUAUGGACUCCAGCAGUGCCCCGCCCAUUCCAAACAGGGGUUACAAAGAAGACGAACCAAAGGCCCAGCUACCCUCUCAUACCAUUCACGGACUCACUACAUUAGAGAGGAAAUCUGUGAAGUACAAUGAAAAAGUUACAUACACAACCCAAUCAAAUGAUGCACACUAUGUUGAAAUAGACAUGGAUUAUAAUGUCCUCACCAAGAGAGCUGGACUUUUUAAAGGUAACAACGCUUUAUCCAACCUGAAGCACAAUAUUAAAGAUAAGCUGAACAUAGGGAGUAACACUGAAGAACUGCAUGUUAUACCUACAAACGUGGUGAAGAAUAGGAUCCGCACUUGGGGACAGAUACCAGUCACAUCCCAGGGUUUAACACAAGACUCGACAAAAAGCCUGGUGGACCAAAAGAAAAGCCAAAUUUUUGGAAGAAAAUCCUAAAAUGAAUACUUCAUCAAGUCUUUCAUUAAAUCAUAACAUAUCUUAAUUAAACCAUUAUUUUUGUACUUUUAUAUAUAUAUUUCUGAAAUUGAGUUUGUAUUGUUAUAAACCAUUGUUCAUGGAUUGCGGAAGUUGCAUUGUGUAAAAAGUAAAAAUAUUUUGAAUCAAUUAUACAAAUAUUAAUUUGCCAUGACAAUUUAAAACAUAUGUAAAGGCACUCUUAGUAAAAUUUUAAUCAAAUGAGUAUCUUCAGCAAACAUUUUUAGCUUGGAUCGAAGGGUACUUCAAAAAUCUCCAUUUUGAUUAAUGUUCAUUUUAUGCAAUCUUGCUGUUUUUCUUAUUUCAGAAAAGAGUAUUUAAAAAGUAAUUAAUAUUGUGUAAGGUAGAUCAGAUAACUAUGAAAUAUUGCUUAGGAUUUUUUUUUUUUAUAGAUGAAGGGUUUAUUUGGAUUUUGUAUUCAGUUGCUUUAACUAUUUAGACAAACAGCUCCCAUUGUUGAAAAUCAUUAUUGGAUUCAUAUAUAUAGUUUGCUGAAGAAAUAGAUAUAUUAACAGAUAAGUACUUGAAGCUGAUUUUACAAUAUUGAGACGGACUUUGGUUGUACUGUACGUACCAAGAGGAGGGCUCAGUUGUACCAGCAAUUUGAUUAUACAAGGAAGAUGUGUAGAUAAUUUAUUUACUUUGUUAUGAAAUACACACCCCAAUAAAAGUGUAAAGUGUAAAUUUUUGCUUGUCAUCAAAUUUACAUCCAAAUAGAUUAAGUGCACAUUUAUGCUUUACAGAUAUAUAGCUUAAACUUCUUUACAUAAAGGUGGAACGUCAUUUAUUGUAAGGAAGAAGAACAUAUCCAGUAUUUACAACAUUGUACAAUUUCCAGUAUCUGGACUUGAAAAGGCUUAACUUAUAAUUUUGAAAUUGUUAAUAAAAAUGAACAAUGAAAAAAUGGUAUGAAUAGAAAAUUUUAAUUCAUAAUUCAUUACUGGAAAUUUUAAUUCAUAAUUCAUUACUGGAAAUCCAGGUCUUCAAGGGGGGUGAUUCUGAAUUAAAGCUAUGAAAAAAGUAGAUGUGCUUGCAGCCUGUACAAAUUCACACUAUUUAUAUUGAUUGUAAUUUAUACAAAAAAGCCUUGUUAUAAUUUAUAUGUUUUAUAUACAUCUGUUUCUUAUUUAAAUAAAUAUUGCACCUGA